UUGGUAUCGCAAACACAAACCCACACACACACACACAGACACACAAACACAGGACGUCUGUCCUGUCCGCACUCACCUUCACGCGCUCCUCGCACAUGCACACUGAACCAGCAUUCUUGAGGACAGCAAAGCAAGCAAACGGCAACCCAAGCAAGGCCAGCACCCAUCAUGCCACGGUACUGCGUGUUCAUCUCGCGUCGGUCUGGCGAGGCCCUGGACGAGAGCAUGGCACUGAAGGCUGCACUGCAGCGCAGAGGCGUGUCUACACUUUUGCGGACGAAUGAACAGGAAGGUGGUCUUGGUGACACGGGUGUCCCCGAGGCCGUGAUUGAAGCGAUUGCCGAGUGCGAGAUGGUGGUGAUCAUGGGCACGCGCAAGUACGGUGAGAAGACAGGCAGCAAGUUCAGCUCGCGCGGAGAACUCGAGCUCAUCAUGGAUGAGAACAAGCCGCUAUUUGUGGUGAAGAUGUGUGACCGGUUCGAGCACGCCAAGACACGUUUCUUGCUUCCGCCCAUCAUCGCUCACCAUCCAUGGCAGCCGCAAGGUGCCGAGCGUACUCAGCCACCAGCUGAGCUCGUGGACGCCAUCAUCGCCAAGCUAGUUGGUGCUAUUGUUGUCAACUUGAACGAUGCUGAUAGCAAGCCAGCGCACCCAGGUGACAUGCCGACACAGCUUGCCCAACUGGAUGAUACCCAGCAUGGUGAUCUCGUCAACACACUGUACCACCGCGUUGCAGCCAUUGACAAGGAGCGCGCCCACAAGAUCACAGCUAUGCUGCUUGAAUCCGAGCCCGAACUCGUCACGAGCCUGCUUGACAAUGAUGCCAUCUUGCACGAGCAGGUCGUCCUCGCUCAGGAGGUCCUCUCCGGCAACGCCAAGGUGCCCAACCGUCCGCAAGUCAACCCUGGCACGUCCCUGUACGUCGGCGACCUCUCGCCCCAGGUGAACGAGACGGAGCUGUUCAACCUCUUCUCCUCCAUUGGCAGCGUCAUGUCCGUGCGCGUGUGCCGCGACCAGAUCACGCACGGCUCCCUCGGCUAUGGCUACGUCAACUUCAACAAGGCCGAGGACGCCGAGGCCGCCAUGGGCCAGCUCAACUUCCACGACUUGCACGGCCGCCACAUCCGCAUCAUGAAGGUCGAGCGCGACCCCAAGAAGCGCCGCUCUGACCCCCGCAACAUUGUCGUUACCGGCCUGCCCGCGGACACCACCAGCGUCCACCUGCGCGACACCUUUGAGCAGUUUGGCAAGAUCCUCUCCUGCAAGGCCGUCCUGGACCACAGCGGCCGCUGCCGCGGCUUUGGCUUUGUGCACUUUGAGGACCCCAAGGUCGCCGAGCGCGCCAUUGCCGAGGCCAACGGCAAGGACGCCGGCGGCGACCGCAAGCUGCGCGUCGCCCCCUUCAAGCCCCGCAAGCAGCGCGAGCAGGAGCAGGAGGAGCGCACCAAGAACUUCACCAACGUCUACGUCAAGUCCCUGCGCCGCGACGCCGACGAGGAGGAGCUGGGCAAGCUCUUUGAGCCCUACGGUGACAUCACCUCCAAGGCCCUGCGCACCUACAAGCUCAAGGACACGGAGCGCCCCUACGGCUUUGUCAACUUUGCCGACACCGAGGCCGCCCAGAAGUGCGUCGAGGAGGGCGAGAUGCACCAGCGCGACAUCUUCUACGUCGACGGCAUGGCCUUUGAGGAGGGCAAGAAGGUCGAGGACUUUGUCAAGACGGUUGAGGAGUGCGCCGGCAGCGAGGUCGAGCGCCACCACCUGCAGGUCGCCGACGGCAAGCUCUCUGGCUUUAUCCUCUUCAAGGAGCACGGCGAGGAGACGGUCGACAAGGCCAUGACGGGCCUUCCUGAGAAGAUGGAGGCUGCAACCGACCACAUCUCCAAGGCCAAGCUGUACGUGCAGCGCGCCCAGACGAAGCAGGAGCGCAUCCGUCGCCUUCGCCGCAGGCUGCAGGAGCGUCGUCGCGAGCUCCGCCAGCGCGGUGGCAACCUCUUUGUCAAGAACUUCAACGAGAACGUGACGGAGGAGGACCUGCGCAAGUUCUUUGAGGAGUGCGGCCACGUCAUCGACGUCAAGGUGAUGCGCGAUAUGGAGGGCGUCUCGCGCUGCUUUGGCUUUGUCAUCUUUGCCACGCGCGAGGAGGCCGAGUCUGCCAUUGCCAAGAAGAACCGCCAGACACUGCAGGACCGCCCCAUCUACGUUGCCUUCCACCUCACACGCCAGGAGCGCUGCAAGCAGCAGCCACAGCACCCACAGCAGGGCGUGUACAUGUACCCGCAGUGCCCCCGCAUGCCCAUGGGCGCGUUUGGCCCCGGCUACUACAACCCGCAGAUGAUGAUGGUCAACCCGCAGAUGCCGCGCGCCAUGAACUUUCCCGCGCAGGCCGGCAACCGCGGCGGACCCGUUGGCGGGCCAACCCGCUACAUGCAGCAGCAGAACAGGACCAUGCCGCCCCAGGCGCAGCAGCAGAUGGCGCGCAACCCACAGCAGUUCCGCCAGCGGUUUGCCGGGCAGCAGCAGAUGCCGCCACAGCAGCAGAUGCAGCAGAUGCAACAAGAGGCGCCCCAGGGCCAGCAGGCCCAGCAGCAGAUGCAGCUGCCACAGGACGUGACGUCGCAGCUUGCGCACAUGGACGAGGAGCAGCGCCGCCGGUACCUCGGCGACAUGCUGUACCACCGCGUCGCAAGCAUUAACAAGGAGCGCGCGCCCAAGAUCACGGGCAUGCUGCUUGCGUACGACGCCGGCCACCUAAUGAACCUGCUGGUCAGCGACGCGGCCCUUCGCGAGCAGGUCGUGCUUGCGCGGAACAUUCUCGCCGGCAACACCGGGGCUCCCGCCAAACAGCAGCAGCGCAACCAGCAGCAGCAGCCCGCACAGCAGCAAGCCCAGCAGCAGGUGCAGCUGCCACAGGACGUGACGUCGCAGCUUGCGCACAUGGACGAGGAGCAGCGCCGCCGGUACCUCGGCGACAUGCUGUGCCACCGCGUCGCAAGCAUUGACAAGGAGCGCGCGCCCAAGAUCACGGGCAUGCUGCUUGCGUACGACGCCGGCCACCUAAUGAACCUGCUGGUCAGCGACGCGGCCCUUCGCGAGCAGGUCGUGCUUGCGCGGAACAUUCUCGCCGGCAACACCGGGGCUCCCGCCAAACAGCAGCAGCGCAACCAGCAGCAGCAGCCCGCACAGCAGCAAGCCCAGCAGCAGGUGCAGCUGCCACAGGACGUGACGUCGCAGCUUGCGCACAUGGACGAGGAGCAGCGCCGCGGGUACCUCGGCGACAUGCUGUACCACCGCGUCGCAGGCAUUGACAAGGAGCGCGCGCCCAAGAUCACGGGCAUGCUGCUUGCGUACGACGCCGGCCACCUGAUGAACCUGCUGGCCAGCGACGCGGCCCUUCGCGAGCAGGUCGUGCUUGCGCAGAACAUCCUCGCCGGCAACACCGGGGCUCCCGCCAAACAGCAGCAGAAGGAGGGCGGGUCAGCAUAUCUGGCUCAUUUGGAUGAGCAGCAACGUAACAUCCUCGUGAACAAACUCUCCAUCCGUGUUGCAGCUAUCAGCAAGGAGCGAGCACCGAAAAUUACAGCCAUGCUGCUCGCUUCCAAGCCUCACCACCUUGUGAGCCUACUUGAGAACGAUGUCAUCCUUCGUGAGCAAGUUGCGCUUGCCCGUAAUAUUCUGUCCGACAAGCCUUCAGCCUUGACUGCUGCUGCGGUCAUAGUGGGUGAUUCAAGGGAUGAUGAUGAUGAUGACGAUGAUGAUGAUGAUGAUGAUGAUAACACCGCCAGGGUGUCAGCGCAAGAUCCGCCAACAGCCGCCGUCGCAAUGGGCACCAACAAGUUGGAGAUUCAAGCCAGCCAUGUGGAACCCUUCAAGUCCAAGACGGAGUUGCAGUCUGCCUUCCAGUCCCUGACGAAGAAGUUUGUGGACACCCACGCCGAUGUUCGUGUGCAACAAGCUGACUCCACCUCCCCGCUCUUUGCUGCCAUGGAGUUUGAGGACGUGGGCAAGCAACCAAACACCCUUCCCAUCAACCCCAACGUGCUCAAGGCGGCCCGUGCCAUGCAGUACAAGAAGCCCUCCAAGAUCCAGUCCACCGCCCUUCCCCUUCUCCUGAAGAACCCGCCAGAGAACCUUGUGUUCCAGUCUCAGCCCGGUACCGGCAAGACUGCCGCGUUCACCAUGAACGUGCUCACGCGUGUGGACCCCACCAAAAAAUUCACCCAGGCCCUGUACGUGUCAUCAAUGUUGCAAUUGUGCUUCCAGACAUCGCAGGUGAUUGAGGCGCUUGCCCAGUUCACGGGUGUCGAGGUUGGCCUGCUGUUCAGCUCACGCGAUGCCGACGCCACGCAGCAAGUCGGCAACGUUGCUGACGAGCGCGGGCUUGCCAAGCAGCAGGUGCUGUGCUGCACCAUCAAGAAGCUGGUCAGCUCCAUGCGCACCAACCGCAACGUGAGCGCCAAGAACGUGCGCAUCCUCGUUGUGGACGAGGCCGAUGCCAUGCUGGGGAGCGCUGAAAACUUCAAGCUCCUCAAGACCCUCAAGAAGAUGCUGCCCCCCAACGUGCAGGUGAUUAUGCUGUCUGCCACCUUCCCCGACCAGGUGAUGGGCAUCGCGCACGAGGUUGCGCCCAACGCGAACAUCAUCACCAUCCCGCGGGAGGAGGUGACGGUGAAGGACAUCAACCAGCUGUACAUCAGCACCCCGAGCUUCGACCGCAAGAUUGACGCCCUCCUCGCCAUCUACGAGUCCCUCGACGUCAAGCAGACGAUUGUGUUUUGCAACACGAAGCGAGCUGUGGAGGAGGUGACGCGCAUCAUGCGGGAAGAGGGUCACCGCGUGUGCACCAUCAGCAGCAACCUCACCAAGAGCGAGCAGCUUGCACAGCUGGACCGUUUCCUCAGCGGCCUCGACAACCUCCUCGUCGCAACAGAUAUGCUGUCCCGUGGCAUUGACAUCCCCCAGAUUUCCGUCGUCAUCAACUUUGAUGUGCCCAUCCGCUUUGGCGACGGCGGUGACUAUGCUGGUCCCGGCUACAAGACGUACGCCCAUCGCAUUGGCCGCCUCGGCUGCUUCCGUGGUGGUGGCGCGGCAAUCACCUUCGUCCAGACCAGGAACGAGAUGCAGGUGCUUGAUGCCAUUCGCGAGAACUUUGCGACAGAUAUCAGGGAGGUGCAGCCCAAGGAGGCAGACCUGAGAAAACACGUGAGGAUCGACAUCCACUCGGACGAGCCCUGA